CCUAACCUAUAAAAUAUUAAGUAUAUAAACAAACAAAACGUCAAUACACAAAAAUAAUAAAUAAAAACGAUUAAUUUUGUUUGAACUGUUAUAUUUCUUAAUUAUAUAAAUAAUGUGCGAAAAACUAACAUAUGUGCAAGUUUCGUCAAGUGUCAACCCGAGCUUUUGGAGUAAACUCACUGAACUCAAGCUAAAUGUGGACAAACUGGACGAGACUGAAAGAGAUGUUUGGGGCUAUUUUUCUUUGUUAAGAAAUAAAAAUGUUUCUCAGCCGAUGCUUGAGGUUGAUAGUACAUCUUUUAACGAAAGUUUUACCAGCCAAAACAUGUAUAUCCCCUUUAAGGGAAAAAUAUUUAAUAAAAAUACUAUUGAAAACUUCAAAGAGUGCAAUAAAAUGGAUCUGUUGAAUGCCGAAGGUAUCAACAUCUGGGAUAAAAUUGUUAGCGGGGAAGCUUUAAAGAAGCCAUUUAUCUUAAACAGUUUUAUUAUAUUAUCGUUUGCUGACUUAAAAAAGUACCACUAUUUCUACUGGUUUGCUUAUCCAGUGCCUUAUAAUAUUUCUAUUGAGAAAAUUGAUAGUUGCCUCAUAGGGGAUGUACUUAAAGAAGAAGAGAUCCAACUAUUCUUUGAAACUUUUACCAAGCUGGAUGAUAUCCAGAAACCAUAUUUUCUCUUCGACAAUAAGGUCAACAGCAUUUUACCUUUGGCAGAAAUUAAGAAUUUAAAACAGGAUACAAUGGAUAACAUUUACUUUGUAUUUUUUAAUACAUCAAACUGCAAUAAUCUUGUGGGGUCCCAAGUAAGGAAUUUUGUGGCACUUAUAAUACAUUAUUGCCCUUUUUUACAAGAAAAACUUCAAAAACUCAUAUCAUUACAAUGUCACAGAGAAGGUUCGAAAAUAUCCAUAGCUGAAUCCACUAUACUGACACUAAAACUGCCCAAAGUAGCUGAUGAUACAUUCAAAUCUUGGGUUGGUUGGGAGAAAAAUGAACGGGAUAAAAUGGGCCCAAAAAUGGCAAAUAUGAAGAACACUCUGGAUCCACUAAUACUAGCAGAGAAUGCGAUAGAUUUAAAUUUAAAACUGAUGAAAUGGAGGGUUUUGCCCGAUAUAGAUCUUGACAGAAUAAGCAGGACAAAAUGCUUACUUCUAGGGGCUGGGACCUUAGGAUGCUCCGUUGCCAGAUCUUUACUAGCUUGGGGAGUAAGAGAAAUAACAUUCGUCGAUAAUUCGACCGUAUCAUUCUCAAAUCCAGUCAGGCAAAGUUUAUUUACUUACGAGGAUUCGGUUCAAAUGAGGCCUAAGGCCGAAGCGGCAGCGCAGGGGCUUAAACGGAUAUUUCCCGGGGUGAAAUCUCAGGGAGUUCAAUUGAACAUUCCUAUGCCCGGCCAUAGUGUUGGUGAAAGUAUGCUGGAUCAGAUAAGGGAAAGUGUGGAAACCCUUAUCGGACUUAUUGAGGGGCAUGAUGUGAUUUUUUUACUAAUGGAUUCUAGGGAAAGUCGGUGGUUGCCCACCAUGCUAGGCAGUGUCUAUAAAAAGAUUGUAAUAAAUGCGGCCCUGGGAUUCGACAGCUAUUUAGUAAUGAGACACGGUUGCCACAUCGAAGACCCACAAGAUAAACCGACCAUAUCAGAUGGGCAUGACGGUCACAAAGUGAUUCAAGGCUAUAACUUGGGGUGCUAUUUUUGUAACGACGUCACUGCUCCAGGUGAUUCAAUGAGAAACAGAACUUUGGACCAGCAGUGUACGGUUACUAGACCGGGGGUGUCGCAGAUCGCCGGAGCUUUGGCCGUCGAAUUGGCCGUUUCAUUAUUGGAACACCAGCAACGGUCCAACACUCCGGCUUUCUACAAAAGUACCCCGGAACCCUCGGAACCGAACCCUCACCAGUGCAUUUUAGGGAUGGUUCCGCACUCGAUCAGGGGUUUUUUGUCAACGUUCAGUCAAAUCUUACCGGCCACCCUAAAAUACGAACAAUGUGUCGCAUGUUCACGUUUAAUUUUAGACGAGUAUCGUGCUAAGGGUUUUGACUUUUUAUUGGCGGUUUUUAAUAGCGCGAGGCACCUCGAGGACGUCGCCAAACUCACGGAUAUGUUCGCUGAUAUUAAUUUAGACGAGAUCUUGGAACUUAGCGACGACGCAUCUUCAGAAUAGGAACAUCAAGUUUAUAGUGCAACCAAGCUCAUUUUAUUUAUAUUCAUAUAUAGCACUUAUCUUGUUGUAAAGAUUAUUUAAAUUUUAAUAAAGAAUUUGCAUUACUUAGUCAAAA